AUGCUGUCCGCGACUUCGGCCACGCCGUUCAGUGUACGCGACAUCCUAAGCGAGAGCCAGCAACUUCGCGAGAUGGAGUGCUACCCUCUGUAUACGCAAACUCAGGUGCAUCCGCAGCAUCCCCAGGAGUGCUACACCUAUGGCGUGAUCCCGGAGAACACCUGGGAGGUCGAGAAAUUCAAGCAGGAGCCAACGGAUCCUGGAUAUCAAAGUUAUCCGGAGAUGAGCCACGUCCAUCAGCUUGGACAGGUUUCGCUUCCUUAUCACGAGGCGCCCGUCGCUGAAGAUGGAAACCUGGUUACUUCGAGCAAGACCGAACUACGGAAAAGCCAGUCCUGUAAAAGGAUCAAAAGGAAACCGAGGGUGCUUUUUUCCCAGGCCCAGGUUUUCGAAUUGGAGCAGCGUUUCAAGCAACAGCGAUAUUUGAGUGCGCCGGAAAGAGAAAUGCUGGCGCAGACAUUGAAGUUAACCAGCACGCAGGUGAAGAUCUGGUUCCAAAAUCGGCGCUACAAGAACAAACGAGCGCGGAUCGAGGAUUCGGAGAAACUGCAGGCCCAGAACAUGAAAAUCGAGCCGUUAAAGAAAUUGCCAGUCCCCGUUUUGCUGAAAAACGGGAAACCACGCGUGCAGGAUUCUUACGUGGCGCCAUAUUGGCCGAUCAUGCGGCCGGAAUUGGGAAUUCAGUCCGAAUUCCGGACGCCGGAAAUGCAGCUAACCCCGGAAUGCAAAAUGAUCUCGAAUAACGAAUUAACCGUGGAAGCCUCGAGCAUUGUCGGAUUGGAUUUCAAAAGUGACGUCAAUCCCGAUUCCACCGGGCUAAAUGCAGUAAAUCUUCAGAGAAGCCUCGUCUCUUCGGACUACAGAUCCAACAUGGCGGCCGUGCCGAUUUGCGAUACCAGAUCCCCUAAAUUAGAGUACAAAGGCCCUAACGACAUGUCGUUUUCGGAAUUAAAGGCCCUAGGAAACGAAGGUAAGCCCGUGCUGCCGAAUAAUCAUCGGAUGGUCAUGGAUAUCUCUAGUGGGGAUUUUAAUUUCCCGAAUUAUCUGAACCCUUCCAAUUACCCGCUGCAGCAUAUUAAUUACAUGGAUCAGAUGUCGGCUAAUCAGAGUAUUCAGCGAUUAUGGUAACGAAGGUAUCACCGAAAAGACCCACCUUAAUUAUUAAAUAACUAUGUCGAUAUGGAGCCUCGGCGUGACGAUAGUAACUGGUAAUUUGAAGAGAUGUUUCUUGACUUCGGUUUGUGCAAAACCAACAUGGCGGCGGACAUUCGCCGUGUACAGAUUUACGCCAUAACUUGCGACUAUGCUAACACAUAGUAAUGCAGUGACGACAAUAAUGCAAAAAAAGACUGCAUCUGCGAAAUUGACAAAGUUUUAUACGUAAUUUCUUUACAUAUUAAGAUUCUCGAAUGAUUAACCGGCGAUGGUUUCUUUCGGUUCUUGCGGAACCAAGAUGGCGGCGAACAUUAUCAGCGUGUCGAUUUACGUCAGUAGAUGAUUAAGAUGACAAUGAGUAAUACGGUAAUGCCAAAAAGAGCUUGGGAAAUUGCCAAAGUUUAUAAUAUCUUAAUAAUAAUUUUUUUGCAUAUUGAUUUCUGCGACUCGGCCGGCGAGAUUGCGGCUUUCCUUUGUAAAUAUCUCCACUAACUUUAUCAUUACUUUUUAGACGCUAAGCCAAAGAGAUAUUUGUAAGGUGUAAUAUUUAACGAUAAGGCGCUUCGUGUCGUUUCUUUUUAUUAUUAAAUAGAUUCUUUACCAGUGGGAAGAACUACCGCCUUCGCGCAGCUGUCCUUUUCUGAGGUUAGGGAUAAUUUUUUUAGGACGCUUUAAGUGACUCGGAAAAAAAAGGAAAAAAAACGAAACGGAAAUCAUCCGAAAGCAGGGCAUAAAAGGAAAUGCCGAUUUUGCUCCUCCACUUUCCCUACUUCCGUUUAAUAAAAAACUCAGACCUUUGCAUUCGAUUUUUAGGGUCUUACUAAACACGUUAAUAAUUCUUACGUCGAU